GCAAAAAUUGCUUCGAAACAAAGAAGAAUGUCCGACUACGAGCGUAUACGCUUGGUCACGUUAGGUGGCGCUGGAGUCGGAAAAAGCUGCAUCAUCAAAAGGUUUUUGAUGAACACUUACUGCGACAAGUACAGGAGCACCGUUGAGGAUCUUUAUAACAGGGAAUAUGAUGUGGGCCACACAACGCUCAAAGUCGACAUUCUGGAUACUUCCGGUGACAUGCAGUUUCCGGCGAUGAGAAAAUUGUGCAUAGCGACUGCGCAUGCCUUCCUUUUGGUCUAUGCAGUCACUUCAGCGCCAUCUUUCGAGUCUAUAAAACAAUGCUUUGAAGAAAUCAAGGAGCAACGGGCCGAUUUUCAAGAAAUUCCCAUCGUUUUUGCCGGUAACAAGCUGGAUUUGACUUCCACUCACAGAGAGAUUUCCAAAGAGGAUGUUUCUGAGUGGGUGCAUUGUGAAUUGCCUAAACUAAGGGUAAAACUGUUCGAGUGCUCAGCUAAAGAUGAUAUUAACAUUAAGGAGAUAUUCCGUUCGUAUUUGACGUUGGCGAAGAUAUAUCCGCCAAACUUGGAGGACCCGACUGGUCUAAAGCGCCAAAGCAGCGCCUACGUGUCGGCCACCAAGGGGCGGCGACGGCUCGGCAACAGCGCCGUGGAAAAAAUGAAACCAACUGCAGGGUCAUCCGAAGAGACUGAAAGUAGUUCAAUUAAACCGCGGUCCAGAUCUUUGAUUCGCAGGGCAAGCAAGAAGACCAAACAGCAGAUGCGCAACGCGAACGACACCGACAAAUGUCAGAUCUCUUAAAUUA